GCAUGCGCAGUGCUGUUGUUGUUGACAGUGGCGGCAAGAUGGCGGCUCUCGGAGAUGCUUCAGGCCCGGGGUUGAAUGGGUUAAUUCAACAGUUCACUGCCAUUACUGGGGCCACAGAGAGCAUCGGGCGACACAUGCUGGAGGCAUGUAACAACAACCUGGAGAUGGCGGUCACCAUGUUCCUGGACGGUGGAGGAGUACCGGAGGAACCGAGCACCAGUUCCAGUUCAGCCGCAGCAUCUGGGAGCAGAUGCCGUUCAGAAGACGAGGUCCGAGCGCCCAUCCCUCAGAAACAGGAGAUCCUCGUGGAGCCGGAGCCUCUGUUUGGAGUCCCGAAGAGACGGAGACCGGCUCGGUCCAUCUUCGACGGAUUUCGGGAUUUCCAGACUGAAACCAAUGUUCCAGUCAGACAGGAGCAGGAGCUGAGGAACGGAGGAGCGAUGGAUAAAAAGCUGAGCACUCUGGCAGAUCUGUUUCGACCACCGAUUGAACUCAUGCACAAAGGCAGCUUUGAGACAGCAAAGAAUUGCGGUCAGCUGGAGAAUAAGUGGCUGAUGAUAAACAUCCAGAACGUUCAGGAUUUCUCCUGUCAGUGUUUAAACCGAGACGUGUGGAGUAACGAGGCAGUGAAAGCCAUCAUCAGAGAACACUUCAUCUUCUGGCAGGUUUACCAUGACAGUGAGGAGGGUCAGCGCUACAUUCAGUUCUACAAACUCAACAAAUUCCCUUACAUCUCUAUCCUGGACCCUCGUACAGGUCAGAAGAUGGUGGAGUGGAAUCAGCUGGAUGUUUCCUCGUUCCUGGAUCAAGUGACGGGGUUUUUAACGGAACACGGCCAGUUAGACGGACUUUCCAGUCAACCUCCAGCCAAACGCGCUCGCUCUGAGAGUUUGAUUGACGCGAGUGAGGACAGUCAGCUGGAGGCAGCUAUCAGAGCGUCUCUGCAGGAAACGCACUACGACUCGAGGCAGGAGAAAGUGGAGUCGGAGAACGACUCGGACGCCGAGGCCUUCUCUGACAGCGAGGGCAUGAUCUCAGUGGACGGUUCAGAUAAUGAGGGAGAAGGGAAAGACUCCAUAGACGGAAACAUGUUGUCAGAACAGGCCCCACCCACUUCCUCAGAUAGUCCCACCCAGAGCAGGAAGUCUCCAUACAAAGAGUCCAACCACAGAAAAGAAGAGAGCAAGAAAAACCACGUGGAGCCGCCGCCUCGGCCGAGCCACAAACCCACAGAGUUACAUCAUCAUCAUCAUCACCACGACCAAAGUCACAAAAUCACAACAUCCCAAAGCACACAGCCUGAAGAUAACGGUCCGAAGGCUCGUCUCAUGCUGAGAUACCCAGACGGUCGGAGGGAACAGAUAGCGUUGUCUGCUAAUGCUAAGCUCAUGGCUCUGGUGAGACACGUUCAGUCAAACGGAUAUCCGAACGAACGCUUUGAACUCGUCACUAAUUUCCCCCGGCGGAAGCUGGCUCAUUUGGACUAUGAUAUCACACUGCAGGAGGCGGGGCUUUGCCCUCAGGAGACUGUGUUUGUGCAGGAGAGGAACUAACCCCGCCCUCUCUGUUUUUGUUCGUUUUCAUACUUGUUCCUCAUCCGUCGUUCUACACGGAGCCGAAGAGGACCGCACUCCCUCAAAAAGGACCACAUGUUCAUAUUUAUUUGUGAAGAUCUCGGCGCAUUUCUGCUCCUUCCGGGUCUGUUUUGGGUUUCCAAACCAUAAUCGUGGAAUAGUUUUGAGAUCAGAAUUCAGUCACAUUCAGCCAGUGACUUUGGAUCAGUAAACGAGUGACUAAAAGAAAUCAAGUCCUUGAUUUCUGUGAGGAUUUAAACCCUGAACUGUUUCAGUAGUGUGUGAGAGAGACAUGCUCUUGGCCACUUCCCCUUGGUUGAGUCCCCUUGUGGCCUUAUCAAGUGCUCAAGUGAAGUUCAGCAAAAAAAAAAAUCAACAUGAGCAAUAAAAUACGCCACAUGAUAUUUCAUAAUGUACUUUCUAAAUAUUUUAUUUUUCCAAAUCAUCAUCCAUAGGACGAUGUACAUGACAGUGUGUGUGUGAGAAACAUGUUCUCUGCUGGCUAGUUAACUAGCAUGCUAGCUAGUGAGCAAACCGGCUGUGUUGGUUGGUUGCAAGUUAAUCACUUUUUGUACAUGGAGUUAAAAAACAGAAUUAAACCCAAAUCCACAUUAAAAUGUCCUGGCUUUUGCCACUUGUUCGAGUGACACCGGUGUUGGCGUGCUGAGGGGAAGUGGACGACGGCAUGCGGUGUCGCAGCUGUCGGUAGUUCAGCGAUGGAUUGAACUGGAAUGGAUCUUCAGAGGAGGUUAAAAAUGUCAGCAAGGAGCAGCGAUGGUGUGGGGCGUUACAUUUAUAGUGAAAUUUCUGUCUCUUUUUUUAUAUGCUGCAUCAUUUCCACAAAAAAUGUUGAUUCUCAAAUAUAACCAUAAAAACAA